AUUAAGGGUUACCUUUGCAACUCCAAGCAAAACCCGUCCCCAUCCGCCUUUUCCCAUGGACGGCGGUUCUCGCGCAAGAGGAGAAAGCAGAGGAACGUUUCCUCUGCCAUCCAGGUUUCCCAUGCCAUUGUUGGUUGGAGGUCAUCUCGCUGUGAGUUGCAGACACUGUUGAAAAAGAAGUUGCCUUUGUAAAUUUAUCGCAUCGCUCACUCAGUUGAAAGAGAUUAUUUCUUGCUCUACUUUGUACAAAGCCCCUUCAAGUGAACAAAUCAGACAUGAACAUCGGAGGACGAGAAGCCGAAGAAGUGAACAAAUAAAGCACGUCAACAUAGAGAUCGAAUGCCGCCUCAGCCGCAACCCAUCAAGCCCAACAAGCUCUACUUAUUCUAUGGCCACCGGAAGCCCUCCCAGAACCGCCCCACCGUCCGCGGCGGCCUCUUCUCCAACCGCCAAACACUAAACCCUAACCGCCCAUCACACCAACCCAUCGACGCCAAUUUCGACCUCAAAAAAUGGGACCCGGACUCCCCCGAAAGCCUAUCCGCACCUCCCUCCAAAACCCCAUCAGAGAGGUUCUUCUCCAUAUCCCAGAACCUCUCUCCCAUAGCUCGCUUCAUUGUCGAUUCCUUCCGGAAGCACAAGAAUUGGGGUCCCCCCAUUGUUGCAGACCUCAACAAGCUGCGUCGCGUGACGCCGAAGCUCGUGGCUGAGGUCCUCAAGGUCCAGGCAGAUCCCAGGGUCUCCGCCAAGUUCUUCCACUGGGCAGGUAAGCAAAAGGGUUACAGACAUGACUUCGCUUGUUAUAAUGCUUUUGCUUACUGUUUGAACCGAACAAAUCAGUUCCGGGCGGCCGAUCAGGUCCCUGAGUUGAUGCACAUGCAGGGAAAGCCGCCCAGUGAGAAGCAAUUUGAAAUUUUGAUUAGAAUGCACUCUGACGCGAACAGGGGUCUCAGGGUGUACUAUGUGUAUGAAAAAAUGAAGAAAUUUGGGAUGACGCCGAGGGUGUUUUUGUAUAAUAGGAUAAUGGACGCACUUGUGAGAACGGGGCAUUUGGAUUUGGCAAUGUCCGUUUAUAAUGAUUUCAAGGAAGAGGGUUUGGUGGAGGAGAGUGUUACCUACAUGACUCUGGUUAAGGGUCUUUGUGGCGCAGGACGGAUUAAUGAAGUGUUGGAGCUCUUGAGUCGAAUGAGGGGGAAUUUGUGUAAACCGGAUGUUUUUGCAUACACAGCAAUGGUUCGUAUCUUGGUUGCGAAUGGGAAUUUAGAUGGUUGUUUGAGGGUCUGGGAGGAAAUGAGAAGGGAUCAGGUUAAGCCGGAUGUUAUGGCUUAUGUAACUCUAAUUACAGGGUUAUGCAAAGGCAAUUGGGUUGAGAAAGGAUAUGAACUGUUUAGGGAGAUGAAAGAGAAAGGCUAUUUGAUUGACCGGUCUAUAUAUGCAUCAUUGAUUGAAGCAUUUGUAGCCAAUGGGAAGGUUGGUACAGCUUUUGAUUUGUUAAAGGAUUUGAUGGACUCCGGAUAUAGGGCUGAUUUGUCGAUAUACAAUUUUCUCAUUGAAGGUUUGUGUAAGCUGAACCAGGUUGAUAAGGCUCAUAAACUUUUCCAUGUCACACUCCAAGAGGGUCUUGAACCAGACUUUAUGACUGUGAAUCCCUUGCUACUAUCAUAUGCAGAGUUGAAAAGAAUGGAUGACUUAUGCAACUUGCUUCUGCAAAUGCAGGGUCUCGGUUUUGACGUCAUUGAUAAUCUUUCCAGAUUCUUUUCGUUCAUGAUGAAAAAGGAUGCCAGAAUAAUGAUGAGUUUAGAACUGUUUGAAUACUUGAGGGCAAAAGAUUAUUGCAGUGUUUCAAUUUAUAAUAUUCUUAUACAGGCACUCCUCAAAAUUGGAGAGCUGAAUAAAGCUUUAUCACUCUUUCAUGAAUUGAAAAAUUCAAAUUUCAAACCUGAUUCAUCAACUUACAGCAAUGCAGCUAUAUGUUUUGCUGAAGCUGGAGAUAUCCAAGAAGCAUGUACAUGCUAUAAUAAAAUAAAAGAAAUGUCUUCGGUUCCUUCUAUUCCUUGUUAUCAUUCUCUUGUUAAAGGGCUCUGCCAAGUUGGAGAGAUUGAUGCUGCUAUGCUGCUUAUUCGUGACUGCUUAGCAUAUGUUACAACAGGGCCCAUGGAGUUUAAGUAUGUCCUAACCAUUAUUCAUGUUUGUAAAUCAAAUGAUGCUGAGAAGGUGAUUGAAGUUCUAAAUGAGAUGAUGCAGCUCGGUUAUCCCCCUGAUAAUAUCAUAUAUUCUGCUAUUAUCUCUGGCAUGUGCAAGCAUGGAACAAUUGAGGAGGCAAGGAAAGUGUUCUCAAAUAUGAGAGAACGCAAGCUUCUAACUGAAGCUGAUUUGGUUGUUUAUGAUGAGAAACUAAUUGAUCACAUGGAGAAGAAAACCGCAGACUUGGUUCUGUCAAGUUUGAAGUUUUUUGGGCUGGAGAAGAAGUUGAGAGCAAAAGGUUGUUCACUUUUGCCAACUUGAGAAUGUGAAGUCAGUGUCGGUCCACGGAGGAGGUUAACGACGGCGGGAGAAGCCUGCCAAAUGAUCAAGCAACACUUAGAAACAUAGCAGAGAGAAGAAAGAGACCUGAAACAGAGACGCGAUCAACUAAUGGGUGCAUAUGCUGAUGCUCAAUGGGCGGCUGUGGUGAGUGAGGCUGCAGCCUACUCCUACUCUUAAAUAGUAAGAUCGGAACACAAGAAAAUCAUCAGUCUUAAGUAAUUAUUUUCGUUUUUAAGUAGAGCACUGAUUUGUCUAACAUAGAGAACAAAAAAGAAAUUUAAAAGAAAAAAGAAAGACUCAGUUGUCCAAAUUCUGCCUCUAGUGAAAUGUAACUUUCUUUAUAUAUGCACUGGAAUGGACUUGAUGGUUCCUAAUUGUAAGUCUACGUCAAUACAUACGGUGAUAAUCUUAUUGUAGACGUACGAUAUCUUUUAAACAUUUACUAAAUAACUAUAGUUAUGCAAAUGGGUAAAUUAGC